AUGUCCUCCGCUUCCCCAGACCCUCCAAAAACAUCAAAAAGAAAAUGGGACCAACCAGCUCCUGGAGAAGAGUCGUCAACCGCCUCCAAAGUUGCCAAAACCGAUGAAGGAAAGUCAGCGUCCGAGGCAGCAGCAGCAGCAGCCGCAAUUGCAGCAAAAAUCGCGGCACAAUUUGCCAAUGGGACGCUGGGAGGAGACAAGGAUCACGAGGAGUUCACCCAUGACAUUGAUAUCAACGAUGUCCGCAAUCGAUACCUUUUAACGAGAGGGUCAACACAGGACCAGAUUCAUGAAGAAACAGGCGCGUCUGUGGGUACCAGGGGUGUAUGGUAUCCAGAUCGAUCGAAAGCUACAGAGAAGGACCCUCCUCUGUAUAUUCAUAUCUCGGCGCGAACGAAGGAAAUUCUGGACAAAGCUGUUGCCAAAGUUAAUGAGUUAAUUUCGAUGGACAUGGGUUCACUAGUGGAGAAGGGUGACAAGACAAGAGAACGAAGAAAAUGGCCGGAGGAAAAGCUACCUGUAGGGCUAGAGUCACUGAGAAAUUUCAACAUCAGAGCCAAAGUUGUUGGUCCAUCGGGAUCAUUCGUUAAAUAUAUACAGGCGGAGACAAGUACCCGAGUGCAAAUCAAGGGGGCGGGAUCUGGGUUCAUUGACCAAGAGACAGGACAAGAGGAACCAGUUCCUUUGUAUAUCCACAUCACUGGGCCCGAUGAAGGUCAGGUUGCCAGAGCCAAAGUUCUGACAGAAGAUUUGCUUCUCGUUGUUCGUCAGGAACACGCCAAAGUUCAGGCUAUGCUUCACCAACAGCAAAUGGAACUUCAUCAAGCUCAGGCUCAAUAUGCAGCCUAUAGUGCCAGCGCAAUGGGGGGAUAUGCCCCUCCCCCUCCCGCUGCACCUGCCCCUCCUCCUCCUCCAGGAGAGGGACCACCGCCACCGCCUUCUGGGACACCCGCAGGCGAUGCAGCAGCAGCGGCUGCUGCUCAAUAUAACGUGGCUGCCGGCCCACCUGCGCCUUCCGAUACCGAGGCAUACGCUGCAUAUUGGGCUGCAUAUGGAUAUGAUGUCAACUCUGCCGAAUUUAAAGAAUGGCAAGCCAGUCAGCAACAACAAUAUGCUCAAUAUUAUGCGGCCUAUGCUGGCGCUGCUGCUACUGCCACCCAACCUUCUGACGCCCCUCCACCCCCUCCCCCGUCAUGA